AUAUUUAGUAGUAGUUCGAAAAAUACGAUACAAAAAUACAAUGUGUUCAUUUUCACCACAAUUCUCGAGAUUUUUAAGUUUUGCAAUUAGUACAAUACUUGAAUUUCCCACGUAAUGUCGAUACGACUAGAACAAUAUGCCGCAAAAUUGUAUCGGUAGUAGAUAUAGAAAAAAGAGUUGUUGUACGAUUAGUAUUGGAAUAUACUCAGUUCAAUUGAUUUCAAUCGAAACAGUAUAUACUGCACGUGUGAAUUUUGGAAUUGUAUUUAUGAUGAAGUAGUGUGAGUGCAUUUGUUAUAAAUAUUUUCUCGUGUUAUCAUAACAAUCAAAAUGUGAAAUGUUUGUAUUCAAAGCUUUUUAGUCGACAUCUGUAGAAAAUAAAAAAAAAAACAAUAAAUGACUUUCAACAAAUUGCAAGAAAUAUCAGAAGCAGGUUUGACUGCAUCUUAUGUUAUCAUAUAAAAAACUGCUGCACUAAAUUAAAUACUCCCAUCCAAAAGCUGUGAUACAAAAUGCAAAAUGCCACGUGCAGAUCAGAUGCUGUUAAUGAACUCAACCACAGCCACAAACUCAUCAGCAUAUUUUGUACACACACUGACCAGCAACAAUGCCACCUCUUCCGUCAUGCACUACGGCAUUGGAGCAACAACGGCAUCUUUAGCGAAUACAAGCAACAGUAUUGGCAUUGUCAGUGUUAGUAAUGUAACUCUUGAUCCGAUAUCCUUACUAGAAGGCGGUUGUAUUGUGCCAAGCGAAGAAUGGCAUGACAGUUAUUUUGGAGUGAAACUUGCUGUACCCGAGUGGGAAGCCAUUCUAACUGCUAUCAUAUUAUCUAUUAUAAUUGUUCUGACAAUUAUUGGCAACAUAUUGGUGAUACUAAGUGUGUUUACCUACAAACCACUACGCAUUGUUCAGAAUUUCUUUAUUGUUUCUCUGGCAGUGGCAGAUUUGACAGUCGCUUUGCUUGUGCUACCAUUCAAUGUAGCCUACUCGAUAUUAGGACGCUGGGAAUUUGGAAUUUACCUGUGCAAAAUGUGGCUAACAUGCGAUGUUAUGUGUUGUACAUCUUCCAUUUUAAAUUUAUGCGCCAUUGCAUUGGAUCGCUAUUGGGCCAUAACAGAUCCGAUUAAUUAUGCUCAAAAACGAACUGUUGGUAGAGUCCUUUUGUUAAUUGCCGGCGUAUGGAUAUUAUCGUUGCUCAUCAGUUCUCCGCCUCUGGUGGGGUGGAAUGAUUGGCCGGAGGAGUUUACUAGUGCAACACCGUGUGAACUCAACUCAGACCCGGGUUAUGUGAUAUAUUCCUCACUGGGUUCAUUCUUCAUUCCCUUAAUUAUUAUGGCAACAGUGUAUAUUGAAAUAUUCAUUGCAACCAGACGUCGUCUGCGCGAACGUGCCCAAGCGGCCAAAAUAAAUACUAUUGCGACACGUUCAGCUAGUGCAGACGUAGCCACUACAGCAUUAAAUUCCAAUGGUGAAAGUUCUAGAACUGGAGCUGUUUUUACACUAUGCUAUAGUGUUCUCUGCUGCUGCCGAAACUCCUCUCACUUUUCGUCCACGCCAAUGAUACAAAACGACCAGGAGUCGAUUAGUAGUGAAACUCACGUCAACAACGAAAAUUCACGCGCUCAAAUGUCCGAGCAUAGAGUUGUAGUCGUAACACAACGAAAAAAGACACGACGAGCUAAAAUCAAAGAUUCCAUAAAGCAUGGAAAGUCCAAAGCACGAAAUCAACUGAGUAAAAGCACUGAACUUAAUCCCACUAAUGUUAAAGAUAUUUGCGGCAGUGGUGCUGAAAGCCGACUUUUAUCGCCUCAAACAAAAAAUGUAGAUAUAGAAAAUCCUGAAAUUUCCACCGAGAGUGGCAGUGAUCCUAAAGGCUGCAUGCAAGUAUGUGGGGGUGGUGGACCCACCAAUGAAAUAUCGGCUGGUGAUAACGAUGAAGAGAAUAUGUCACUAAAAAUUACUCCACCGCAGUCAUCAAUUGGAGCUGCUUCAUCGCAAGCUGCUCCGCUGCAGAAAAAACCAGGUGGUGUUUAUCAAUUCAUAGAAGAAAAGCAAAAAAUUUCACUCUCCAAGGAGCGAAGAGCUGCCCGAACAUUAGGCAUCAUAAUGGGGGUAUUUGUCAUAUGUUGGCUGCCAUUUUUUCUAAUGUACGUCAUACUACCAUUUUGCUCGACCUGUUGUCCAACAACUAAAUUUAAAAACUUUAUAACUUGGUUGGGCUAUAUUAACUCUGUAUUAAAUCCAAUUAUCUAUACAAUAUUUAAUCUUGAUUAUAGACGAGCGUUCAAAAGACUUCUUGGUUUAAACUAAGAUUAGCACUAAUCUGUAGUAAAUUAUUUGUAAAAUUUAUUUAUUUAUUUAUUUUUUAUUUUUUAAACAAACAAAAAUUAAGAUAAUGUAAAUAUUUAAGUCAUUCGAAUAUUUGUAUUUAUGUACAAUUUAUAAUACAUACUCAAGUUAAAAUUAAAUACAUGUUUAAUUACUUUUAGUAACUGUGAAUACUUUUAUUAGAUUUAAUAAACUUAAUUAUUCUUAUAUCAUUUGCUUAAUGAAUUGUUAUGAGCUUUAAAAAUACAUACAUACUUGUACUUUAGAAAAAUUA